AUGAUCUUCACUGGGUCCGGCCGCUUCAACCCCACCAGCUUCUACGACGGCCGGCCCGCGUGGCACUUUGACGACGACAGGCCCAACAUCACCAGCUUCACCGCGGGCGGCUGGCGCACGCUCCACACGCUGUUCCAAGCGUGGGCCGACGGCGUGGUGGACGAGUUCCGGGACCUCGGCGGCGGCGCCCUGAUCGGGAAGACGUUCUACACACCUCCUUUCUUCCGCGGCCGCGCGCGUGGGGACACCAACUAUUUCAUGCUGUUCCAGGCUUGUACUAGGGACGGCAAGGUCCCCUGGAGGCCGGAGCAACGAGAGGUGCCAGAGAUCGGGGACAACUGA